AGCGAAGACUCAGUUCUGAGGAACUCACUGACUCCUGCUGUACAUUAUAUAAGGCAACCAUACGCGACAUAUCGACACUCGAUCACCAUUCCAUUAUAACGCAUUUCUCCAAUUUCUCUCUCAUUUGAACUUUUUACAUUUUCACUAUUGCAGAUUGAGUAAAAUUUCCGGAAAAUGCGGAGAGUUGUGCGAUCUGUAGCCGCGAAUCACCGUCAUACGCGGUGGUUUUCCACGGCGGCGAUUCCUGGUCCAUGUAUUGUUCAAAAGCGUGGUGCUGAUAUUCUUCAUGAUCCUUGGUUCAAUAAGGACACUGGAUUUCCUUUGACAGAAAGAGAUCGUCUAGGGCUCCGUGGUCUCCUGCCACCUCGUAUUGUGUCAUUUGAACAACAGUAUGCCCGUUUCAUGGAAUCAUAUCGAUCACUUGAGAAAAAUACAGAAGGACAGCCAGAUCAUGCAGUUGCUUUGGCAAAAUGGAGGAUUUUGAACAGACUGCAUGACAGGAAUGAAACAUUAUAUUACAGAGUCCUUAUUGAUAACAUCGAAGACUUUGCACCUAUUAUAUAUACUCCAACUGUAGGGCUGGUGUGUCAAAACUAUUCUGGUUUGUUCAGACGUCCACGUGGAAUGUAUUUCAGUGCCAAAGAUAAGGGAGAGAUGAUGUCUAUGAUAUAUAAUUGGCCAGCACAAAGUGUUGAUAUGAUAGUUAUCACAGAUGGUAGCCGAAUUCUUGGCUUGGGGGACCUUGGAGUUCAAGGAAUAGGCAUACCUAUCGGGAAACUUGAUGUAUAUGUUGCUGCUGCAGGAAUGAACCCACAACGAGUACUUCCAGUUAUGCUUGAUGUGGGUACUAGCAACCAAGAGCUUCUAAAAAAUCCUCUCUACUUAGGACUCAGACAACCUAGGCUAGAAGGGGAAGAGUAUCUAGCCAUAGUUGAUGAAUUCAUGGAAGCUGUUCGUACACGUUGGCCCAAGGCUAUUGUGCAGUUCGAGGACUUCCAAAUGAAAUGGGCCUUUGAAACACUGGAAAGAUAUCGUAAAAAGUUUUGCAUGUUUAAUGAUGACAUUCAGGGAACUGCUGGUGUUGCCUUGGCUGGGAUACUGGGUGCUCUCAGAGCACAAGGUCGUCCAAUGACUGAUUUGAUGAGACAAAAAGUAGUUGUCGUAGGAGCUGGCAGUGCAGGGCUUGGUGUCCUUAACAUGGCAGUGCAGGCAAUUUCCAGGAUGGCUGGGGCCAAUGGAGUCUGUCCCAAGCAUCAAUUCUACCUAAUAGAUAAAGAUGGACUUAUUACUAAAGAAAGAAAGAAUUUAGACCCAUCUGCAGCACCCUUCGCUAGACACCCUGAAGAAACUGAUGGGCUCAAGGAGGGAGCUAAUAUUGUUGAAGUGGUUAGAAAGCUCAAACCAGAUGUGCUUCUUGGUUUAUCUGGACGUGGUGGUAUCUUCAAUGAAGAGGUGCUGAAGGCCAUGGGAGAAUCAGACAGCCCUAGACCUGCUAUUUUUGCCAUGUCAAAUCCUACACUGAAUGCUGAAUGUACUCCUGCUGAGGCUUUCAAAUAUGCUGGUGAGAACAUUGUUUUUGCAAGUGGAAGUCCUUUCCAGAACGUUGAUCUUGGGAACGGAAAAGUAGGUCAUGUCAAUCAAGCCAAUAACAUGUACCUUUUCCCUGGGAUUGGGUUGGGAGCUUUGCUUUCAGGAGCUCGCCUAAUUACUGAUGACAUGUUGCAAGCUGCUGCUGAAUGUCUUGCUUCGUACAUGACGGACAAAGAAAUAAGUGAAGGUGUUUUGUAUCCAUCAAUUGGAAGUAUUAGAGAAAUCACAGCUGAAGUGGGAGCUGCUGUUGUGCGAGAAGCUGUUGCUGGAGGCUUAGCUGAAGGUCAUCGUGACGUUGGUCUAAAAGAGCUCAGGUGUAUGUCAAAGGAAGAGACAGUGGAAUAUGUAAAGCGCAGUAUGUGGUUUCCCAUCUACAGCCCUCUUGUUCACUCCAAAUAAUAUAAAAACGAUUUGGAAGUCGAGAGUGUUGGUAUUUCAAAUUAUCAAUGGGAAAAAAAAGCUUAAGGGGGAGCGUGAUAUCAUCCUUUUACCUUGAAAUUAUUUUGUUGUAUUGAAACUGUUGUAUUCUUGUAGUUAGAUCCUCCUAUUCCUAUAUGUAAAAUUACUCAGGAGAUCAUCCAAUUACCUUGAAAUUAUUUUGUUUACA